AUGCAGUCCGGUGGCCGGCGGCCAUCGACAGGGGCUCGCCACUACGACGAGCAUCUCGAGAACAAGUUCUACGCCUCCGACCUCGCCAAGAACCUCCAGCUGAACAAGGACGACGACUACGACGCCCUCGCCGAUCAGGACUGGGAGGCCACCUACUUCGUCCAGCACCGCCCCAAGAACAACGCCGCCGACUUCCCGGACAUCCCGCCGGCGGCGAGGGAGUCCCUGGACACGUACAUCGCGCAGGCGGUCUCCCUCGCCGAGUUGCGGGCCGGCUGCAUCAGCACCAACCUGGGCCUCAGUGACACUGACCGCGUUAGGGACGCCUUCGCGCCGCCGUUCGUCGGCACGCGGGAUGGAGCUCGACGCCGCGGCACUCGGUGA